AUUAACAAUAGUAAAAAAGUCCUUCUUUAUCUUUUAUGCCAUAAAGAAGAAUAUCAUAAUCAAAUUAAAUCUUAAAUACUAUAUAAUAGGUAGAUUAGAUACUUGAAAUGAAAUAAUUGAAAAGAUUAUAAAUAAAUAUAAUCUUAUCUAAACAAUAAUAUGAUUAAAAAUUUGAAGUUAAUAAAUAGCAUUAAGUCUAAAAUCAAAAAAAAGCUAACCUGUAAGAUUUAGAAUUAAUAUAGUCUUAAUAAUUAAAUAAAUUAGUUUAAAUUUAAGUAAAUGUUAAAUUAGAUAAUAGUAAGUCUUUUUAAAAAUGUUUAAAAUAAUAUUUAAUAAUUUUGUAAAAAGUAAAUAAAUCUGAUUUGUAAAUAAGAUUAAAUGCAUUAAAAGUUUUAAGAAAUAUAUCUAAUUUUAAUAAGGAUUUUUAAAUUUAUGAAUCUAUUUAAAACGAUUUAUGUGAAAUUGGUUUUAUGAAAUUAUUAUGUAAUGUUAUUAUUAAUGAAGUAAAUGAAAAUACAAAAACAGAAUUUAUUAUUGGAUUAAAUGAUUUUAUGAAUGAAUCUAAUUAAUAAAUAAAAAGUGCUUUUUAUAAUUAUUUAGUUUAAGACGAAAAUAAUUAGUUUCUUUUAACUUUAUAAAACUUUCUCUUAAGCAGUUUUAAAUAAUUUAAAGAAUAUAUUAUUCAACCUAAUUUUAAUAUAUUAAAUAAUUAAAUUAAAUAUAAUAAUUAAUUUUAAGAAUAUAUAAAACAAAAAGUUAAAAAAUCUUUUUAAGUAUUAGAAUUAAUAAAAUUAAGUUGCAAAUAAAACUAUAUAGAAAUGUAAAAUUUUUAUAGAAAUUAAGUUAAUUUAGAUGGUUGUAUAAAAAAACAAAGCAUAAAUUUUAUAAUACUAAUUUCCGAUAUUUUUUCAAAAUACCAUAAAUAAAUAAAUGAGGAAAAUCUUCAUUUUGGUAAAUAAAUAAUAGAAACUUUAAUUCAAAUGAUUAUAGGACCAUGUAAAGAAAAUUAAAAGAUAUUAGCUUAAUCAAAAAUAUUUGAAAAUAUAUAAGAUAUAAUGAAUGAACUUUUCGAAAAAGAUAUUAUUAAAUUAGAAUAUUAAGGCGAUUUUAUAGAAUUUAAUAAUAAAAUUUUAUUUUUAAUUUAUUUAUUGUUUGAAGGGAAUUAAGAUUAAUAAGUAAUAUAAAAAUUAUGUAAAUUAAUUAAUCCUAGAUUGUUUUAUAAUUAAAUUAUUAAACACUAUAAAAAUUAUUCAUAGAUAUAAGGUCUACUAAAAAAUAAACAUAAAGGAUUAUAUUUAUGUUCAAUUAAUUUUUUUUCAAAUAAAUAAAAAAAAAAUGAAUUUCUAUCUACUUUAAAUAUAGAAUAAUUAGAUAAAUUUAUUAUGGAUAAUGAAAAGUAUUUAUCGAAAAAAUAUAAAUUUAUUGAAUCUUGGCUUUAUUAAUUAAAAAGUUAAUAAUUAUUAAGUUUAUGUAAUAAAAACUACAUAAUAAUAUAAUAUUUAUCAUUUGUAAAUAAUACUUUUAAAAAAAUGUGUAAAGAAAUAAUUGAAUAAUAAGAUGAAUAAUUAAAAAAAAAUAUAAUAUAAAUAAAAUAAUAAAUAGUUUCUAUAGAAAUAAUUAAUUAAUAAAAUUUAGUUUAAAAAAUUUAUUUUCCGAAAGAUCCGUUGACAUAAUAUUUAUCAAAAACUACAAAAGAAAGAUUUCUCGAAAAUGCAAUAAUUAAUUCUGCAAAUGAUAAGAUAAAAUUUUUAUUGUCAUUUAAUUAAAUAUUUUAGGAUGAAAUGAAGCAUUUUUUAAAAUUAAGGGCUAUAGGCAUAUAUUUUCAUUUAUCUAUUAUUAAAAAUGCUAAGAACUUAAAUUUAUUUUUAAUUUUUAUUAUAAAUUUGUUUUUGUUUUUUGAUUAAUAUGAUGAUAAUUUUAUUUGCAUUUUUAUUACUUAUUUACAAAUUCUAAGUACAUUUUUAAUUUUAUUUUUUUGGAUGAUUUUAAAAUUUCCUUUAGAGUAUUUUUUAUCUAUUUUUCUUUUUAAUAUUUUUUUUUUUUUUUUUAGAUAUACAGAAAUUUAAAGAAAAUAUUAGAGUAGAAUAAAGAAAAAUAAAUAUUAGAAUAUAUUUAGGAUAUAUAAUUUUUUUAAAUCAAGUCAUAUUUUAUAUUUGAUAAUAAAUAUUUUAGUAUCAGUAAUAGGAUUAUGUUUUAGUAAAAUUUUCUAUACUUUUCUACUUUUAGAUAUUAUAGAUAGAUCUCCUGUAUUAAAAAAUAUAAUAAAACCAGUAACUAUAAAUGCGAAAUAAUUAUUACUUUCAGUUAUAAUUGGAUGCACAUUUCUAUAUAUUUAUUCAGCUUUAGGCUAUUAUUCAGAUAUAAAAAAAACACUUAUAUAUACAAAUAAUUAAAAUUACGAAAUAUGUUCUACACCUUGGGAUUGUUUUACUUUUAUAUUAGGAUAAGCAUUAAGAUAAGGAGGAGGUAUAGGAGAUUUAAUAUAAAUGCCUGAUCCAAUUAAUCAUUCAUAAUAUUAUUAUAGAUUUAUAUAUGAUUUAACAUUUUAUUUAAUUAUAAAUGUGAUUUGGUUAAAUAUUAUAUUUGGUAUUAUUAUUGAUGCUUUUGCUGAAUUAAGAGAUGCUAAAAAUGCAAAAGAUUUUGAUCAAUAAAAUAAAUGUUUUAUAUGCAAUUUAGAAAGAGAUGUAUUUGAAAACUAAGGACUAAAUUUUAAAAAACAUAGAAAAAAAGAACAUAAUAUUUGGAAUUACAUAUAUUAUAUUGUAUACUUACAAUAAAAAGAUAAAAAUUCUUUUAAUGGAACUGAUUAUUAUAUUUAAAAUAAGUUAAAAAACGAUGAUAUUACAUGGUAUCCAAUAGGAAGAGCUAUUUAAAUUGAAUGUUUAAAGGACGAAA